AUGGAGUUGCAAAGCCCAAAUCUUCAAUGGCUCCCUACAGAGAUCUUACUUUUGAUCUUACAAUAUCUUUGUCUCAAUGACCUGCAGAGCCUUGCUUGUGUGAAUGGAAGGUUACGAGAGAUCUCUAUUCCAUUACUUUUUCGCCACGUUCGAUUUACUUUCUCACAUCCUGGCCUUCGUGCUCUAAGAGAUUUCGCGAAGUCUCAAGCCAGCAAACAUGUUAAAAUUCUGACUUAUAGAGCCCCAACGUUGCUGAAACCAAGCCUCUUAGAUUUUGAGUAUUUCAAGUGUGAAAUUCUCACGCCCGAAGCUUAUUCUACAGCGACAAGACAGUUUUAUGGUGAAGACCCUACAGGCACUUUCCCUCCAUAUAUGGAAAUCUACAGUACCAUCAAGCACCUGUGCGAAGAUCAUCAAAGGAUAACGAGGAGGAAAUUCGAUUUAAAAAUGUUGACAGCCUCUCUCGAACUUCUUCCUCGAAUUAGUGAGCUUUCAAUACAGUUCUGCGAGCCCAUCGAUACAGGAGUCUGGGAUAACUCAUGCCUUGAUCUCAACAUCUGUGACUUUGAACAGUCCUUCAAUCACCAUGCUCAAACAGUGACUGAAGCUUUGAGGGCUUCCAAGAAUGCAGGGAUUGCUUCAGGGACUAUUUCAUUGGAUUUCUCGGAGGUACCGUUCUGCCUAUAUGAAAGGCCGAUGUUCUCUAGAAUCUCGAAAUCGCUGAAAGGUCUAAUCGAGUUCAGUACGUCCAUAUGUGUGAUUGGAGACAGUACACCUUUGCAGCUAUUAGUCGACACGGGAUUGACCCUGAAAUGCCUUGAGCUAAGACAUCUAAUGAUCAGGUACGAAACAUGGCGCAAACUUCUUGAGGUUAACAGAGAUUCCCUCCAUUGUAUUGCGUUGUAUGACACUGAAAUAUUU